CGGGACACGUCGCGACAUGUCAGUGGUAGUACGGCGGGCGCGACGUAUGGAUGGGCGGGUACCGGACGCGUGGCCAGACCCGGAACUACGACGACGAUCUGCCGACUCCACGACAGACCCGCCGUCGUGCGGAUGUUCCUGUCACUGUCUGCGACACGCGGUCGCCGACUUCACACAACACUCGUCGCUACACGGCCUCCGCUACGUCGCCGACCCGAAUAUAUCCCGGGCGGAGCGGCUGUUUUGGAUAGUUUCCUUCGCCCUAGCCUGUAUAUUCGCCACCAACUUCAUCUCCAAUGUGUACUACAAGUGGACCCACAGCCCUGUCAUACUGAGUCUGUCUCCAGAGCCCACCCCUCUGUCUGCAAUACCCUUCCCGGCCAUCACCAUCUGCAAUAUGAACAACGCCAAGAAAAGCGUGGCAUUGGACAUACAGAGAAGAGCACAAUAUGCAGGGGUAGAGGGAUCCAAAGACAGGAAAAUGCUGAAUGACUUCUGUGGGAAAAACCAAGAAGGUUACGACUUCAAUGUUGACGAGUCAGAGAUCAGCUGGAAAGACUUGAGAUCAUUCAUGGUCAAUGUAUCGCAGCCGUGCCACGAGAUGUUGGUGCUUUGUCUAUGGCACAGUGAGACAUUUAAGUGUGAAGACCUCUUCAACCCAACCCUGACUGACGAAGGAAUUUGCUGCACCUUCAACCGAGUUAAACGAGAUUAUGUGUUCCAAAACCCCCGUGACUUGUCAGACCUCAACGUUACGUUCCCGUUUGAGUCAAUAGACUGGACCCCAGAGAAGGGAUUUCCCCCGAACGCCCCGGUGGAUUGGCUCCCAUGGAGAGCAUGGGGAGCCGGGAACCACCUCGGUUUGUCUAUUGUACUUAACGCUGACCUCGACGAAUAUUACUGCUCUUCGGAGGUCAGCAUUGGAUUUAAGAUUGUACUUCACAAUUCUGUGGAAACACCGAAGAUGAAUGCAUUUGCCUCGCUACUAUCUCCUGGUUUGGAGGCAAGAAUGAUCGUUGAUCCUGUUAUGAUGACUACUACACAACUAUUCCACACGAUUCCUGCUAAGAAACGGAACUGUGUAUUUGGCAGUGAGAAAAAUUUAACCUUCUACCGAACUUACACUCAGCGCAACUGUGCCCUCGAGUGUGAGGCACAGUUCACCUUAGACGCUUGCAGCUGUGUGCUGUAUUAUAUGCCAAAAAAUGACACUACAAGGAUUUGUGGGAGGAAAGACGAAGAAUGUGCAAAAAAAGCUCUCAAGGCCAUGGAGCUCAGAUUAGUGGAUGAUGGGAAUGUAUCCUCAUCGUUGAACACAACCAAAACAAAAUCAUGCGGUUGUAAACCGGGAUGUAACGCUCUGUCAUACAAAAUGCAGCAAACCUCGUCCGUUCUCUCAGCUCGAGCAGACAUUCCACAAAACUACUUGGGUAAAAAAAACACCAGCUAUUUCAGUAAAAAUAUGGCUGUUCUACAUGUAUUUUACACUGACACACAAUACACAGCUAAUAUCAGAGGAGAGUUAUUUGGAUUUACCGAACUGCUAGCUAACACGGGUGGCUUACUAGGACUGUUCAUGGGUUUCAGUUUCCUAAGUGCUGUGGAGGGAAUUUACUUCCUGACUUUGCGUCUAUGGUGCUCUGUUCAUCGACGCCUAGAGAAAACAUCACCGAUUACACCUAUUAAAUCAAAAUCCAAAACUCCUUUCCCUUUUACACAGUAACACAAUGAUGAAAGAAUUCCAAGAAGACAGAAGUUAACUUAGGUGCUACAAAAAUAAAGAGUACCCUAUCAA